GACACACAGAGGCGCUGGCUCUUAUCAUUUGUCGUCGGAUGUUGCAGGAGAAACAGAAGCAGAGCUCAGAAGAAGAAAACGAAGAAGAAAAUGCCUCGAGACUCACUCAUUCCCUUCGACAACAUCAGUAACGAAGAUGAGUUGACCUCACCUCAUAGGGGACGUGAAAGAAGUCAAAGGGGGGAAAAAAGGGAUGGAGUUUAUGAAAAAAAGAAAAAGAAGAAGGUAACUAGUAGGAGGAGAGAAAGAUCAGGAGUUGAUGAAGGAGGAGUGCAGUUGGAACAUGAGAGAAGGGACAAAGAAAAGAGGAAAAGAAAAAGGAACACUGUACAAGCUAGAGGUGAAGGAGAAGAGAAUCACAAAGAAAGAGAAGACGAAAGGAAAAGUAGAAAGACUGCAAAACUAGGAAAGAGUCUCAGGAAUGAAAAUAGUCAAAAAAUCCAGAAAGAAGGGGAAGAGGAGGGGGAGGAGAAUCAGGAGGAAGAAACUGAGAAGAAACCCAAGAGGAAAAAGAAACAUGGACAUUCCAAAAAGGAAGAAGCAGAGGAUGAAGGGAAAUAUGAACUGAAGGAGGAAACACAGGAGGUGGAAAAGAAAAACACCAAGACAGUAGCUGAGACUGGCUUAGAGCAGGAGUCCAGUGAGGACACUGAAGAAGUCCAUGAGGAGGACAAGGUGGACCAGGAGGAUCAUGAGAACCAGGUGAGGCCAUGCUCUCUUUCUCCAGAGGAACUGGAGAAGUUGAAGGAGGCAGUGGAAGAGAGGAAGAAGCUGAUCCAGAGUCUGAGAGGGAAACCCUGGUCUAUGAAGAAAAAGCUUCUGACUUUACGGGAGUCUCAGGAGUUUGUGGAAAAGUAUGAAGGAGCUCUGGGGAAAGCAAAAGGCAGGAAGCUCUAUGCCUACAAAGUCAUUAUGACCAAGAAAUGGAUGAAGUUCCAACGAGACUUUGAAAACUUCAAAACUGCUUGUAUUCCAUGGGAAAUGAAAAUAAAGGAAAUUGAAAGUCACUUUGGCUCUUCUGUGGCCUCGUACUUCAUCUUCCUGAGGUGGAUGUAUGGUAUCAACAUGAUUCUCUUUGGUCUGACCUUUGGUCUGGUCAUGGUACCAGAGGCAUUGAUGGGAAAGCCAUAUGGCAGCAUUCCAAGAAAGACUGUCCCUAGGUCUGAGGAAGCCAGUGCCAUGAAUUUUGCUGUCCUGUGGGACUGUGGGGGUUAUGCUCAGUAUUCAGUCCUUUUUUAUGGAUACUACAAUGACCAACGAGCUAUUGGCUGGUUGAAGUUUCGUAUGCCUCUCUCAUACUUCCUGGUCGGUGUUGGAACAGUGGCUUACAGCUACAUGGUGGUCAUUAGAACGAUGGCCCGUAACGCAAACGAGUCUGGGGUGGGAGAUGAUAACAGCUUCAACUUUAGCUGGAAAAUGUUCACCAGCUGGGAUUAUCUGAUUGGAAACCCUGAGACUGCAGACAACAAGUUUGCCUCCAUCACCACCAGCUUCAAGGAGGCCAUUUUAGAAGAACAAGAAAACAGAAAGGACGACAACAUCCACUUGACCCGGUUCCUAAGGGUUCUGGCCAACUUCCUGGUCCUGUGCUGCCUAGCAGGAAGUGGCUAUCUUAUCUACUUUGUAGUCCGGCGUUCACAAAAGUUUGCUCUAGAUGGACUGGAGAAUCACACCUGGUGGGAAAGAAAUGAGGUGAACAUGGUGAUGUCAUUACUGGGGAUGUUCUGUCCAAUGCUAUUUGAUGUCAUCAGUACUCUGGAGAAUUACCACCCCCGUGUGGCGCUCCAAUGGCAGCUGGGUCGGAUCUUUGCUCUUUUCUUAGGAAACCUCUACACCUUCAUCAUUGCCCUGAUGGACGAGAUCAAUGUCAAAAGAGAGGAAGAAAAGAUCAUCAAGUUCAACAUCACCAUGUGGGAAUCCAACCUUUACAAUGGCACAGGUUCAGAAAAUGGUACCACUGUUUCACCCAUCAUCAUUCAACCUGCUGAUGUUCCUCGGGGGCCCUGCUGGGAGACCAUGGUGGGACAGGAGUUUGUGCGUCUCAUCAUCUCUGACACCAUGACGACCUACAUCACACUGCUGAUUGGGGACUUCAUCAGAGCGGUACUGGUCCGAUUUCUCAACUACUGCUGGUGCUGGGACCUGGAGGCUGGAUUUCCCUCCUAUUCUGAGUUUGACGUCAGUGGAAAUGUACUGGGCCUGAUCUUCAACCAAGGAAUGAUUUGGAUGGGAGCCUUCUACGCCCCCUGUCUGCCUGCCCUGAAUGUGCUGCGCCUCCACGUGUCCAUGUACCUGCAGUGCUGGGCAGUAAUGUGCUGCAACGUUCCUCAAGAACGAGUCUUCAAGGCCUCCCGCUCCAACAACUUCUACAUGGCCAUGUUGCUGGUCAUCCUCUUUCUGUCCACGCUGCCGGCCAUCUACACUAUUGUCACUAUCCCGCCCUCCUUUGACUGCGGACCCUUUAGUGGGAAAAAGCGAAUGUUUGAUGUGAUCCAGGAGACGCUAGAGUCCGACUUUCCCUCUUGGUUCAGUAAAGUUUUCAUCUAUGCUUCCAACCCGGGGCUAGUGCUGCCCUUUAUCCUGCUCAUGGUACUAGCCAUCUAUUACCUACAGUCGACAUCAAAAAGCUACAAAGAAGCAAAUGUGGAACUGAAGAAAAAACUACAAACACAAAAUGAAGAAAAUAAGAAGAAGAACAAACAAGCAGCUCUCAAGGCUCAGCUGGACCUCGAAGAAGCGCAGAAAGUGGCGUCACAAGCUCCCAAACCACGAUACAAAAGUGAAAAAUUCUGUUAUAAUUCUCUCAGUGUGACAGAAAAAUGCCAGCAAACCAAAACGUGACAGAGCAAGGUCUGGUACAUUUCAGUUUACAGGAUACAUGGCCAAGAAAGAUUGUAUUAUAACUUGUAUUAUACCCUUGUAUUGUCUUCAUUCCAAACCUCAGUGAUGUUUCCUCUUGUGUCUAAUUAUUUUUUGUGCUUAUUUUCAGAUGUUGAAGAGAACUAUGAGGACUACAUAAGGCCUUAUCAUGGUAAGGAUGGAUGCAACCAUCCUCCUGCUGGAGAUCAAGAGCACCAGCGUCUGGCCAGCAGGUCUUAUCACCACGGCCACCAGGGAGCAGCAGGAUACCUCCCUGGUUUCCCUCAGCAGAAGGAAACUAGACUGUAUGGCAUGGCCAGUUUGAAAAGACACUGAGAAACAGCAGAAGAAACGACAGUAACAACAACAGCAACAGUAGAGGCUGGAGCAGCAGUGACAACAAGAACACAAGCUGUUACGUACAUUUUACUUAGUAUAGUCUCACUGGAAACUGGAAACACGUGUUGUACCAGCCUGAUAUUCUAGUACCAUAUCUUUCGGACUAUAAGUCAUACUUUUUCCAUCCCUUGGCUGGAUUUGCAACUCAUACCUGAGUAUGUGUGUAUGUGAACCAGUAUGUGCUACUCCUGUACCACUGAAAAUGUACAUGUUCGUUAUUUUCACACCCAUAGCCACUAGAGAGCAGUGGUGUGACUUGUACUCCCGAGACUUAUAUAUGUUGUUUUUUUUCUUUCUUUCAGUUUGCUAUUUCUGGGUGGUGCAAUUUAUACUCGGGAGCAACCUAUAGUCCGGAAAAUACAGUACAGUGUGAGACUUAUGUUGGACCCUCUUCGUUAUUUACCGAGGUGUUCUUUAGCUGUUAAAAUUAUGUUGUACUGAUGCCUCUACUUCUGCCUUUUUUCUUUUAAAGCAACAUACAGUCGUCUACCUUUUAGAUAUUGGCCUCACUGUGGUCAAUCUGACACCGUAGAAAUGUAAAUCAGCCCUAUUGAUCUACUGUGACCUGAUCAAAACCACUUUUACUGAUUUUCUCCAUUCAUUUUGAGCAUGUAAAGCAUUAAGUUUUCAUUGUCAUUGACACAAGAUCAGGAGUAGGAGGAAGUGCUCGGCCCAAGUACUGUCAAUCACAUGAUUUAACAAAGUCUGAGAAGAAAGUCAAUCCGCCCUCUUCUCUCCCCUGUCCUCCUCCGUCUGGUUUGUCCGGGUAACACUAACCACCUGAUGU